ACCUGACACACUAUGUCGAAGACUUCUCUUUCGGAUGUCCGGAUGGAACAUGACUCUCAGGAUGUUAAAUGUUUUAGAAUCCCUUGCCUGAACUGAACUGCUCAUGGACAUCGAUCUACUGCUUAGCAGCGGAGUAGCCUGCUUUGUAGCAUCUUGCGUCCAAACUCCUCAGCUGUUUGCCAGAACUUUCUCACUGGUGCUUCUAGUAAUAUCCGUGUUCUAUGUGAGACUGGUUCUUGUACGAAACAAGAAGCAUGCAAUACCAGCCCGGAAGUGUUUGUUAUCAGGAAAAUACCCUCCCACAAACCUCCCUGCCACUAACUCCCCUGUCACCACACAGAAAGUAGACUCCCUUAUCACUGAAGUGAUAUCAUUAUCCCUGCGAGACUUUGUGUUCUCCUGGUUCUCCCCUCCGAUGGUUACCAAGACCCAGAAAGUAAGUGACAUAGCUACCAGUCUCUCCUGGCAGAUCGUCUAUCUUACUCAACGCAAACUCAACGAGGUGGACUUUACAACGCUCCUCUCCCAAGAUUUCAUGAUAAAACUAAACUCCCACUUCAAGACAAUCCGGGAGACUGGUAGUCUUCUCUCUGACCAGCAGUUCAAGUUUAAGGAGUACAUUGAUCAGAAUGAGGUGGAGCCGUGUUGUCUGGAGGGGAGUUGUUGUCAUGGCAACGAGGAGAAGAAGUUCUUGAAGAGUGCUGCUGUAGUUAUUUUACAGGCUACCACUCCACCGAGUAUCUGGCUAUCUCCACUUCUUACCGAGCUGAUGGGGGACGUCCUCUCAAACUAUGUGCUCUACCCUCUUAUCCUGAAAGUAACAGAUAGUUACUAUCUUUAUUCCUGUAUCCUACCUUACAUCGCCUCCAUGGGCUCACCGAUGAAGGACAGAAAGUUUUUCACACAAGCAAAAACGUACGAAGAUUUCAUCAAGAAGAUCAACAAGGAGGCUGAUUUAAGCAAACUACGCCAGCUAAGAUACAAAGUCAUAGCAGAGAUUAUGCAAGCUAUGACGGUUGAGAACUUGAAACAAGAACAAGAUUUUGAUGGACUUUUAUCCCAGAUAAAUAGUAAAAGUUACCGCCUAUCCACCCGAAAUCUAGCGAGAUACAUCAACCAGUGCAAAGUUGCGAAGGUAACGUGCGAGAAGCGAAUAUACGAUAUCACGUGCUUACAGAAGCGUACCCCGCACUAUGCAGAUAUGAGGUUCCGGGAGGCUGAGACCAAGUUAUUGGAACUGGACGAGAUCAUGUACAGUCCGUACGUCCUGCCCUUCUUCGUACAGUUCCUAGAAAAGCAGAAGGACUACGGGCCUCUUAAACUCUGGUUGCUGAUAGAACAGUGCAGAACUCUGGAAAAGCGGCCAGAGGAGUUGUAUCCGCUGAUAAAACAGGGCUAUUUGGACCAUCUCACUGUCACGUCCCCUCUGAGGGCUCAUCAGGUUUCCCGUCAUCUGAUCCGAAUGGCAGAAGCGUACGUGGAGCAUAAGAGCGGGUACUGGCAGUUUAUAUACGAGAUACAGGAGGAGAUCUACACUAUGAUCAGUGAGCAGCAUUACAAGCCUUUCCUCAUCAGCUCACAGUACAUGCAGUAUGUGUGCACAACGGAGGGGAGAAGGGGAGUCCUGCAGACAGACUCCGGGUCUGCCUCCUCGUCACGUGACCGAGCCGAGUCCGUCGGGUCAGACUCUCUUUCUGACGACUUCAGUAAGGUAUGUACCAGCUGA